AUGGCCGAGCCUGCAGAUACGUUGCUAGUUAGCUCACGAGAUGGCGACACGAAGAAGCGAAAAGGUUUCAGCAAAGAGUUGAGAACGAAGAGAAUGCGAGACGGAAAUCCUAUUCACAGUACUCUUGGUCAAUUCUCGUUUGGUCCAACAACCCAGACCACUGUCGUGACAACGACCACGACAACCACCACGAAAUUUCCCUCGCUGAUUAUGCCUAGCCCUGAACAUGCCACUGACCUCGACCCGAAGUUGUAUCCUCUGGCUGCGAUACCUACGCCUGUCGCCCUACGAAAUGUCGAAUUCGCUCUGGGAGGGAAAUCAGUGGUCUUCCGGGAGGCAUCUGACACAAUGGCAGAGCUUGAACAAAUAGCCGAGGAGGAGAGCCUGCUGCAGAGAAACCAUGGCUUGAUUUCCAAUCUGAGAGACACUACUCCCCUCCCACUCGUUGAGCAAGAGAAGAACGUCCUUCGAAAUCCUUUAAGCCCGUCGGCGCAACUGCUUUCUGGCUUAGGAGAAAGACCCGCCUCGCCUGAAUCAGCAGCGGAGAUAGAUUCACAGGCAGACGCCGCCGCCGCCGCCAGCUCACAGGAAAGACAGACACUAGUACGUCGAAACGGGAAACAAAGAGCAGCGCUACCGAACCCUAGAUCUCAUCCUCGUCUACGAGCUGUUCAGAGAUCAACCCCAGUCACUCCAGAGACACGACCUGAACGCACUCUCAGACGACGACCCCGACCUGUUCCUGCUCAGACAGAUAUCGCUCAGAAUGUGCUGCCUUCCCCAGUAAUAGAGCAACACCCCUUUCCUAGUCGAGGCGACAGCCACUCGUUGGCAGCAAAUCAGGAAGCAAGCGGACUCUCUCUCGGGCCACGAAAUGUCUUGCCAUCUAGCAGAACGAUAUCCAGGGCUUCAUAUGACAGUGUUGUGCCUACACCACCAAUUGAGCCCGAGGACGUACCUCUGCAAGAACGCAGACUCAGUUCGAGGGCUUUAUCCUCCAUCCCAACACGACUUCACGUUUCAGAAAGUCCUUCUGUACAGGAUGGCACACUACCUAGUCCCAGUUUGUCGCCUGUUACAGGGGGAACGAACACACAACCCAACGAAUACUUCGCCGAUGUGGAUUCCAAUUCGGACUUCAGUGGCGCAUGGGGUCUUCGACGCUCUCAGUUCGAGGAAACUCCAUCUCAUGGUCGGUAUGAAUCCCCAGCCAUGACUGACGCAGCACCCUCAGACGAUGGACAUUCAGACGUCAGAAGGGGUGCUACCCCUUCCUUACGCGAUAUUCCGUCCAUGCUGAACUUCUUCGAAGCCCUUCCUGAAGCCAUGAAAAGUUAUGUCAUGCAUCAAUUAUUGCGAAGGUGCCCAAAGUCUACACUUCGUGUCGUUGCAGAUGCAGUUAAUCCUGCUCUCAAAUAUGAUUUUUUGACACUCUUACCACCCGAGCUUGGCCAGAACAUACUUCAAUACCUUGAUGUACAGUCUUUAUGUCAUGCUUCACAGGUUUCGAAAAAGUGGAGACAGAUUAUCAACAGUGAUGAGAGGGCCUGGAAAGCUCUUUUGGAUGCUGAUGGCUAUGUCCUUCCUGAAGGCGAACUUCAACAAGCCAUUGGGCAAGGCUGGGGAUGGCAGGAUCCUUCUGGUCCCGAGGGUCGAGAGGUGGAUAUGAGCCGUCCAUCCUCAAUCAAAACUGACAGUGAAUUCGGAUCUCCUGGACCAUCUACUACUCGAAGACCUGUUGCAACAACAUCAUUGCGUCGAUCGAAGCGAAAAGCUGCCUCACAGCUGACCAACCGCAGUAAACUAGCUAAGCGCCAAGCCACGUCUAGAGAAGCAUCUGUGGACAUGGAAUCUGGCGACUGGAUGGCCCAGAUGUCAACAGCGGAGGGCCCUUACAAUGCCGCAAAUGCCGCGAUCCUUGCUGUGCCUAACCCACAACUUCCUCUGCCUGGCUUAAAAGGUUUACAUCUAUACAAAUCACUAUAUCGUCGACACCAUCUCAUCCGACGUAAUUGGAUGUCGGAUGAGACUGAACCUCAUCAUCUCGCCUUCCGGGCACAUGGCAGCCAUGUUGUGACUUGUUUGCAAUUCGAUACAGACAAAAUCCUGACUGGCAGUGAUGACAGCAACAUCAACGUAUACGAUACCAAGACUGGCAAACUCAGGAAACUGCUCCAGGGUCAUGAGGGCGGGGUGUGGGCUUUACAAUACAUGGGCAAUACUCUUGUCUCCGGCUCGACAGAUAGAUCUGUGAGAGUAUGGGAUGUUGAAGCAGGUGUAGAAACACAUGUCUUUCGAGGACAUACUUCUACUGUCAGAUGCCUGCAAAUACUCAUGCCCGCCAAAGUAGGUGAGACUAUCCAUGGCAAGGAUAUUAUGAUGCCAAAACAACCGCUCAUCAUUACUGGCUCACGAGAUUCUACCUUGAGAGUUUGGAGGUUACCAAAGCCUACAGACAACAAGCACAUACAGGCCGAAACAGAUGCAGAUGCAGAAGACAGUCCGUUCUUCGUACGUACACUUACUGGUCAUCAACACUCUGUUAGAGCUAUAGCGGCUCAUGCGGACACCCUCGUAAGUGGCAGUUACGACUGCUCUGUCCGAGUGUGGAAAAUAUCGACAGGCGAAACGAUACAUCGACUUGUUGGCCACAACCAGAAAGUGUACAGCGUCGUCCUGGAUCAUACACGCAAUCGGUGCAUCAGCGGGUCAAUGGACUAUCUAGUCAAGAUAUGGUCUUUGGAGACCGGGUCUGCCUUAUACACCUUGGAAGGCCAUUCAUCGCUCGUGGGUCUGCUCGAUCUUAAUGGUGAUCGACUAGUCUCGGCGGCGGCGGACAGUACGCUGCGGAUCUGGGAUCCGGAGAACGGUCAAUGCAAAUCGACGUUGACCGCUCAUACUGGUGCUAUUACGUGCUUCCAACACGACUCACAGAAGGUGAUCAGCGGGUCUGAUCGAACACUCAAGCUUUGGGACAUCAAGACUGGAGAGUGCAAGAAGGAUUUACUGUCGGAUCUAAGUGGUGUCUGGCAGGUCAAGUUCAACGAUCGUAGAUGCGUGGCUGCUGUGCAGAGAGGAAGCAUGACGUUCAUUGAGGUCUUGGACUUUGGCGCAGCCAGAGACGGCAUAUCCCAAAGAGAUCGAGGCACCCGGAUCGUGGUCGACGAAUUUGGUGACCCAGUCUCUGCGAAAGAUGAUGUUGCCGAUGUCGUUAAUGUCUAG